AUGUCAUCUUACCCUCGCCCAGACUUCCAACGCAAAUCACUCAACUGGAGCACCCUAGACGGCCCUUGGUCUAUCAUAUUCGACGACAACGACGAAGGUCAACACAACCAAUGGCAAAAGUCACCCCUCUCAGAAACCACAGAGAAUAAAAAGCGCACCAUACUCGUUCCAUACGCCUUCCAAACACCCGCCUCGGGAAUAAAUCUACACGAAGUCCAUGAAGUCCUCUGGUACGAGCGAUCCAUCACAGACAUCCGCACCGAACCCGAGAAAGCAUCGGGAAACAGGCUUCUCGUCCGAUUCGGAGCCGUGGACUACGAAUGCACAGUCUGGAUUGAUGGGAAUCUCGUAGGUUCGCACCGGGGCGGACAUGUUCCUUUUGACGUGGAUGUUACCGAUGCUUUCCCUACGGGGAUUAAGGAUGCAAGGCUUACGUUACGGGUACUUGAUUCGGCAACGGAUUUGGCGCAGCCGCGUGGAAAGCAGUUUUGGGGACCUGUACCCGAAAGUAUCUUUUAUACACCUACGAGUGGGAUUUGGCUGAGUGUUUGGAUGGAGAGUGUGCCGAAGAUGAGGUUGGUUGAUGGGAGUGGAGGGACGGUGUUGAGGGCUGAUGAUAUUGAUGGAGGGAGGAUUCGGGCUCACGUUGCUGUUGUCGGGAGAUCUUCUACGAAAGCGAAAGGGGAGGGGAAGAGGUCAAGUAUGGAGAUUGAGGUUUCGAUUGAGGGGAUGACUGUUAGUACGACGAGGGCGGACAUGCAUGCUAAUCGGAACUGGGCGGAAAUGGAGGCCAAUGUGAAGAUUUCUGAGAAGGAUGUGUUAGCGUUGAAGAAGAGGAAGGAGAAGGAGUUGGCUCAUCUUCAGGUUGAUGGCGCGUGGAAUGAUGGUGUUGCGUUGUGGGCGCCUGAACAUCCGAUUCUUUAUGAUUUGGUCCUUCGGCUUUUUAACGAGGAGGGGAAGCUUGUUGAUGAAGUCGAGACUACGACUGGAAUGCGCAGUUUGUCGUGGACGACUGGUGAUGGGACUUUUCGUCUGAAUGGUCGUCCCUACUUUCAGAUGCUUUUAUUGGAUCAGGGAUACUGGCCCGAUACGGGGCUCACGCCACCCUCGUCUGAGGCUUUGCGUGCGGAUAUUGAGAUGGCAAAAGCACUCGGUUUCAAUGGCUGUCGGAAGCAUCAAAAGGUUGAGGAUGCGCGGUUCCAGUACUGGGCUGAUCGUUUGGGAUGGCUUGUCUGGGGGGAGAUGGCGAAUGCAUAUGAGUUUGGAGCAGACUAUGUUGAACGCAUGGAUGCUGAGUGGGCGGAGGCUGUGAAGAGAGAUAUCAAUCAUCCUUGCAUCGUGACGUGGACGCCUGUAAACGAGAGCUGGGCUUAUACGGAUUUGAAGGGGAGUAUUGAGCAAAGAAACCAUAUCAGGUCUCUUUACUAUUUGACCAAGUCUCUUGAUCCCAGCAGACCCAUCAACGACAAUUGUGGCUGGGAGCACGUUCUUACAGAUCUAACAACCUACCACGACUACGCCGACUCCUCCGAGCUCACGUCCACAUGUUCAAAAAUGGAAGGCGGCAUCCUAGCCCCCAAAGCCGGGCACGAUAUGUUCACAAAACCCAUCUACUCAGGCUUCGCAGGCCACACACUUCUCGAUCCCGGCGCCCAGCACAAAGCAGGUGCCCCAGUGAUCUGCACGGAGUUUGGAGGCGUGAACAUUGCGCCUGCGAAAGACGGACAGAAGGCCGGUGAGCGGGAUUGGGGGUACACGACAGCGGCGGAUGUUGAAGACUUCUUGGUGAGAUAUGAGAAGCUGGUCAUGGGGGUAGUCAAGGGUGGACAUUCCUGUGGAAUUGUCUACACACAGUUGUGUGAUAUCGAGCAGGAGGUUAACGGUCUCUAUUCAUAUGACCGCAAGGAAAAGGUGCCCGUUGCGCGGGUGAAGGCUAUUAUGGAUGCUGCGAAAAAUUAUUACUAUGAUCAUGUUGGUGUGCAGACACAUGGAGCCAAGGGAUGGAAGAAGCUUCUUGAACAGGGAAGGCAUGCGCUUCAUCGAUAG